AUGAAAAUGGAAAUGAAACCACAUGAAUGUUUAUACAAAAGAAAUAACAGACAGAUAUCUAUCAAGCUACUAGCAAAAGUGCUUCUUAUGGUUUCACUUCUAGCAAUGCAGAAUGUCUUUGGGUUAUUGAGCAGACAAUGUGCAGAUAAUGUGCUAGAAGAACUAGUAGAAAAAUUCGAAAAAUAUGGCAUUGAACUCAACAUGGAUGGGCCUUUAAACCCAAUUAUGCUAUUCUUAUGUGACAAGAUGGAUACUCUUUACAACAGGCGAUUUAAUUCUCCAUAUUCACCUGAACAGAGCUCUGAUGGAAAGGAGAUGUGUUGUAUGCAGACAAUGGACAAGAAGCCUGACUCAAUCUAUCCGCUCGUCAAAGAAGAAGAUAGGCUUUCAACAUGCUCUAAAGAGCACUACAACGCACUAGUUAACAUGUUCCCUUCUCCUGAUAGAAAAAUAAGCAUCUAUCCUAAAGAAGGAUGCAAAGAUUCUUUUACUUCUUUUCUAAAGAGUGAACAUGUCAAGGAAUAUGCUCAUAAGAUUCUUGCAGUACUUCUUCUACAAACAGAGGGAAUGGAUGUGCAACUGAGAAUUGAGGAUGAGGAAAGCGAAUGCCCUAUGCUUGUAUGGUCUAAUAAAAACAAUGACAAAGACACCUUCAGUGUUCCUAUAGACAUUGCUGGUAGUACAGAAGAGCAGAAGAGCAGUAGCUCCAAUGAAGAACUAAGUAUUAAAAAAAAAGGCAGUCAAACAAUGCAGACUAUUAAGUACUUCAUUAACGAAGAACUCUACAAAAAAGUUGAUAUAGAUAAAAUAAGGUGGUUACAAUCAGAUUUGGAUGAAAGUUUAUUGUGGGAUGAGUUUAGUGCGACACCGGCUUGGCUAAUACAAUCUUACAUAUACUACUAUCUGGAAACUAAAGAAGAUUUAAUUAAACUAUACUGCGAAAUAAUCCAAAAAGUGAUUGCUAGUAAGCUAGAUACCACACCAAUAGGCUAUCUCGAUGUUGCAUGGAGGUUCUUUAGAAAAAUUCCUACACCCGAUAAAAAAGAGUUAAAAACAUUUGAGUGCUGGGAGAUGUUUAAAGAGCUUAAAGAUCUAAUUGAAGCUGAGGAAAGAUUUCAAGUGCUUCCCUUCGCGGAUAAUAGCCAGCUCCCUGCCAAAACAACAGUUGAAGAAAACACACCUCCAGAAGAAGGGCUAAUCCCAAGUGAUAUAGAGUCUGUGGUGCUCACUCUAUUAUGCAUCUUUGUAUAUGACCCAAUGGCAAAUGCCUACAAUGUUGACCAUCUUCCAAACAUACCGGAAGAAGUGAAGAAUCUAUUUUGUAUUUCGUCUAUACACACGUGUGUCUCUAGUAAUCCAUCUGAAAUAAGCAGUGACCCAGCUACAAGCAAUCUACCAAGCAAUAGUAUGCCUAUUAUACAGGUAGGAAAGGAAAUACCACAAGAGGCUUUGAGUAAAUGGAGUGAAAUAAUUCAGAACUUGGUGAAAGAAGAUAAAGACAUAAGCUAUACAACUAUAGAGGAUAGACGCAUGAUUGAUCCUAAUAUCCUCAAUAUUCUCAUAAUAAUGAUAAAAGUUACAGGAAUGGACUAUAAGAAAUAUAUGGAAGAAAUGAGAGAAUAUAUACAAGAAUACCAAGAAGCAAGAUUUGAUAAUAAAAUUCGAGACUAUGUAGCAAGAACAUUUUCUCAGAUGUCAAGAGAAUCCUUAGGAAAUCAAACAAUUCACGACUGGUGCCUAGAGCCUUCUACAUCUUCUGAAGAUAAGAACCCAAGAAGAAUAUGUGUGGAAUUUAGGGAUGGUUUUAUUAAGAGUUCAGAUGCUAAAGAAAUAAUGACUAAAUUUAUGUAUAUUUAUUAUGCAACACAAAAUAAGGCACAACGGAUAGACAUUUAUCUUACCUCAACAAAAGAAAUUUAUUUACGAAUUAACAAAUAUAUUCGAAAAUUCAAUAGUCCGAGAAUAUUCGAAUUAAAGACCAAAUUAAGCAAGGUAGCAAAAACCAACUAUACUAUUUAUGCGCUUUCUAAAUGUGCAGAAUCCAUGGAUAUAUCCAACACUGAUUAUAAUGAUGAGAUGAUUGAUUUGGCUCAAAUUUACGAGAGAAUGCGUUCGGGAUACUUUAACCAGGAUUUUCACUAUUAG